UUUUGGGUUUUGGAUUUUUUUCGUGAUGUAAGCGCGUGUGAUCGCUUUUGAUUGUGUCUGUUUGAAAACAGAUCCCCAAGUAACACUUGGUACUGUGUUUAUUGCUCUUUGCUAGCGUCCGUCUGGAAAUGGAUAGGCACACACAACAUUGUGUAGACCUGAACACGUUAGUGCCCGUGUUAGAGUUCCAGGUUGUUCAUCGACGAUAAAUUAAUCUACAGUAAUCUACAAUAAGUAUUUUGAGGAGGAAAUGUGGAGAUACAUGUGAAGUCAGUUUUAAAUCUACAAGUGACGAGGUUGAUUUACAUUGGCUCCUUUCCCUUUUGGUCUCACCAACUAGAAGUCCUUUUAUGAUGUCACUAUACCUAUAUACGGAUUAUCACAGGUCUAGGCUUUCGUCCUUCACGGUCUAUCUGCUGUUUGUCUAAGACUCCUCCCCCUUUCCCUUUAAAGUGGGUCAUUUUGCACUUGACAUACCCUAGGACUUACCAUGUACAGGCAUAUGGGAAAAAAAGAGAAGAAAGCUGUGUAGACCGUGUAUCGGAAUGCUGAAACAUCUUUGUUGGAGAAAUGUCUUCAGAAUCAGAAAAGGAUAGAGAGAGGCUGGUUCAAGCUGCCCAAAUGUUGUUCUUUCAUAUGCAAGAUCUUGCCUCCUUCACUAACAUACUUGUUGAAUUGUUUAACUGCAGUAUGAAUACUCAGAUCAACCACAUGACUGUGAAAGAGGAUGGUGAUAUUAAGGAUGUCUUUGAACAAAUGUUCAAAAUUUUUAAGGAGAUGCAAUCUGUACUGGAGGCAAAGUAUGACCAAAUGCAAAAGGAACCUUUGUGUGCCCAGAUUGCAACAGCUGUUUGUUCCAUGGUUGAGAAGAGCACCAAUGUAAAGGAGUUGCAUCAGUCAGCUAAAGAAGUGUUCAAAAAUGUCCACACUCCGAUCCUUAUCUCUGUGCUGAAUAGUAGUAACAUCCUGGGUGGUUUAGAAUCUUCUGCCUUGCUCUUGACAAAAUAUCCCAUCAUAAAUCUUCGGGUAAGUGACCUCUAUAGAAAAGACACCAAAGAGCAAGCAGGUGCCAUCACAUCUGAGAAAAACACAAGUCCAGGGCCACCCCAAAUCAGUACAGUAGACACCUUGAAGAAGUUGCAGGAUGUGCUAAAAACUGAGCCAGCCAAGAAUACCAUCAAGUCUGCUGCAGAUCAGCUGGAGCAAGUUGUCAAAACGUUGCUACCAAUCUUAGAGGUCCUCCAAAAAGUCGUGAGCACCAUGAAAACCAAGACGUCUGCGCCUAAGAAGGCCAAUGGCCAGUAGGCGUGCUCAUUUCAGUCAGCGAAUCGGUUCAAAUCCUGUGAAAUUUUCGAGUAUGUUCUAAGACCUUCGGUGCCAGAAAUGUGUUACAUUCGGACAUAAGUGCAAAGAGUAGUCGCCCAGCAGACCAUUUACCUGAAAUUUUGCUUUAGUCAAAUAAAAAUAAUCAGAGAAGGCCUGCUUGAAGUGGCAGUUACUAAAAAGAACAUUUUGUUCAGAAAAUCAAGGGACUGUGAACUCAUGGAGGAUCUGGCCUACGAUAUUCAACUUUUAAUCCCCAAAAGGCUUUGUACAUAGUAUGGCAAUAAGUGCAGUUAUGUGGCACAGAAAAAAAAAUAUGCAAGAUGUUGGAAGGCUUUUCUACUGCUUCGCUAAGGCUCACAGCAAAGCUUGUUCCCAGUUAGGCCUGCGGAACUCUACUCAGUAGCCACUAACAUGCCAAGGUCCCUGGGCAAUAAAUCAGGAGAAUUGUGUUUAUGGAAA